GGCCAGUAUGGUUGCUAAGAGGCGGAAAACAUUUUACUUCAUUGAAGAUGCGGCUACAUCAUUUUUGAGCUGUUUUCUCUGGAUAUGAAGUCACAUCGUCAUCCACUUUCGAUGAUUGUGUCACUUGACGAGCCCUGUUCAUUCAAUUUGUCAUUAUGCACGAAUGCAGUAGAUAUUGCAUUCGCAAUGAUGACUUAGUUUUCUCGUACUUGUCUCGUGGGAAGAGUUAUGGUGUGUGCAAUCCACCUGCUAGCUGUCGUGAAAAGUGUAGAACUUCUACUGCAGGAAUGCAUUUAAAUUAAAGCGCAAACACGUUUACUGGGAAGGCGUUAUUAUUUGAUCUGGUUUCGACUGGUCUGGUCUAGGGAGUUUCCUGAGGGCGCAAUGUUUGACUGUCAUGGAGGAAGCGUUCAAGUAAUACAACUUUAAGGCUGUCGCACGAUGGCCUCAGUAAUGGAGGAUCCUUGCAUGGAAAGGACCUUGAAGGGCCACAAAGAUGCUGUUACCUGUGCACAUUUCAGUCCAAGCGCUAAACAACUGGCCUCUGGCUCAGCUGACAAGAGCUUGAUGAUCUGGAAUCUGGCCCCCAAGGGGAGGUCUCUGCGCUUCAUCAACCAUCAGGACAUCGUCACCGCGGUCCAGUUCUGUCCUGUGGGAAACCUGGUGGCGACCUCCUCCAAGGACAGGAUGGUGCGACUGUGGAAGCCGACAAUGAAAGGAGAGUCGACAGUGUUCAAAGCGCACACGGCCACCGUACGCAGCGUCGCCUUCUCCCACGAUGGACAGAGGCUGGUGACGGCGUCCGAUGACAAGACUCUGAAAGUGUGGAGCGUCAGCCGGCGAUGUUUCAUCUACUCGCUCAACCAGCACACCAACUGGGUGCGAUGCGCCAGAUUUUCUCCCGAUGGGCGCCUUAUUGUUUCCUGUGGGGACGACCGCACCGUCAGGCUGUGGGACACGUACAGCAAAAACUGCAUCAACUGUUUCAGCGAUUACAGCGGAUCAGCAACAUUUGUGGACUUCAACUCAAGAGGCACCUGUGUCGCAUCCUCUGGGGCUGACAGCACGCUUAAAAUCUGGGACAUACGCACCAAUAAGCUCAUCCAGCAUUAUCAAGUCCACAGUGCAGGCAUCAACAGCUUCUCCUUCCACCCGUCUGAUAACUACAUGAUCAGCGGCUCCAGCGACAGCACCAUCAAGAUUCUGGACCUACUAGAGGGACGCCCCAUUUACACCCUUCAUGGACACAAGGGCGCCGUACUCACUGUGUCUUUUUCCGGUGCUGGAGAUCACUUUGCUUCUGGGGGAGUGGAUUCUAAGGUUAUGUUGUGGAAGACAAACUUUGACACCAAAUCGUACCGGGAAGUUCUGCAGCAGCACAGCAGAAGGUCCACACCCGAUCCCCCACCCCACCUGACUGACAUAUACCCCCGCACGCCCCACCCUCACCUGAUGCAGCCUGCAGACAUUCAGGUCGGUCCAGGCGUGGCAGACACCCACACACCUGACCCACACGUCGUCGAGAUACGGGACUCCGGUCAAGACAACAUACACCACAGCACCGUCCACGCCCCUGAUGCGCCGUUUCACCAUCCUGCUGCCGUGACAGAAGAUGACGACAGCACAGAGGAAGACACGACCGAGGAGGACAGCAGCAGUGAGGAGGCAGAGGUAGAAAGCUACAAAGCUAGUAGACGAAAACGACAAGAGGACACGACCAGAAGGGACGCCCGAGCGGAUGGUGAAGGAAGUCGAGGAGAGCGGAGAGAGGACAAGGCCAGGAAGGACACCCGUGUGGGCAGAGACGGAAGUAGACGAAAGCAUAGGGAGGAAGAGAACAGGAAGGACACUAGUGUGGUCAGAGGAGGACGUGGAAGAAAGCAUAGGGAGGACAAGACCAGACGGGACAACCAUGUGGACAGAGAAAGAAGUAGACGAACGCAUAGGAAGGGCGAGACCAGACGGGAUAUUCAUGUGGACAGAGAAGGAAGUAGACAAAAGCAUAGGGAGGACGAGAACAGAAAGGAAGCACGUGAGGAGAUAGAAAGAAGUAGACAAAAGCGAAGAGAGGAUGAGACCGGAAAGGGACGCGGGGUCCCACCAGAGGACACCUCAAGUCCUCCGCAUCCUGAUGGUCAUCACAUUGUUCAGCCUGCCCUGAACUCCAUCUUGGAGCACAUCGUUCAACAGCUGGAUGUACUCACGCAGACUGUUUCACUGCUGGAGGACCGUCUCACCAUGACAGAGGACAAGCUGCAGGAGUGUCUCCCACCGCCGCAGCAAACACGACGAGGAGACAGCGGCACGACAGACAAACCGCCCGAGGACCACCUGAGAUGAGACACGGGACGGUCCGAAUAUUAGAUGUUCACAUCAGCUGCCCUUUAAUGGGAGGCUUUUUGUGUUUUACUCAGGAAGUCAUGUGAUUACACACAGGAAAUUCUGGACAUUGAUGUGAUUCUGUUUUCAUGUUUCGACCUCUGGAAGCAUGAAAACAAGACACUUUGACUUUUGGGACAUUUGCAAGCUUUGCCUUCACAAGUAAUUCCCCAAUUACAAUUACACAAUUACAUUCUCUUGAAAAUAUAAGUUAUGUAAAUAAAGGUCAUUUUUA